CCAAAAUAGAAAUUUCCAACAAGAACCCAAUCAAACAGCUUUGUCCGGAAGCGCGCCAUUUUCUUCCUUAUCUUCCUUCUCGGUUGUUGUACCCAUUACUUCGUCAUAUGCUUUAUCCGAUUCUUCACUCUAAAGUCGGCGUCACCCUAUCGGUAUCUUUAUCUCUUCCCGGAUCUCGAUGCUUUCUAGAAAUCAAUUUCCCUGGUAUAUUAAUUACUCUCACAUGCCUCAUCCUUUUCAAAUUCUGUAAUUGUAGCCUUUCUGUUUUCUCUGGGAUUUCUUUUCCGGGUUUGUUCUUUGUUUUGGUCGGUUUGAGAGUUUUGGGUUCUGAUUUGGAAACCCACUUGGCUGUUGAUUUUUUAUUGUGGUUCUGGUUGGGGGAUUUGAGUUGGAAAUUUGUGUUUUUUCUGUCUGGGUUUAUGUGGGAUUUUGAAGCACCGUUGGAAUUUUGAACGAUGGGUUGUUUUUAAUCAAGUUUUUCUGGAUGAGAAUCUGAUCUCUGGAGCUUUGAGGGUUUCAACGGUUAUGGGAAUUUUGGGGCUCUGAACCGGAACCUAUUGGGUUGUUGACUUGCCGAGCUGGUCCUGGUUGGAAGUUAAGAGGAUUUGUGAUCAGAAGUAUGCGCUUUGGCAUUUGGUUCAGGAUCAACAGCUUGGCAUUGCUACUUUUAUCCAUUUCUUAAAAUUUAGUCGGUGCAAUUACUUCUUUUUGUUGAUUUUGGUAAGAACUUUUAUCAGAAUUACUGAUAUAUUAUAGAUUGCAACAAUAGUUUAUUCUUAAUAUAUUUUCCUAAAUCUUUCGAGCUAAAGUAUUGAAGAGAAAUCAGUUUAUUCAGUUUGAGGUUGAAUUGGUUUCUCAUUGAUUUCGUAUUUAGUUCUUGGGAGCUAUCCAAUUUAAGUUUGCGGCGAGAACCCAUUUUUCAUUAUCAUCUUACGCAUUCUGCAAAAGUCAGCCUUUUCUUCUUAAAUCUUGAGGUAAUUUUUUAAAUUUAGGUUGUUUGGUUUCCGUCUAGAUCAUAAUUUAUUAGAACUCAAUAGAUUUUUCUUUUUUUGCUCUUUUUCUUCAGCUUUGUACAUUAAGCAUAUUGAGCUGUGGACAUAACCAAUCAUUUAAACAAACACCUGUAUAUUAACCAAGAUAUGGAUAUUAGUAAUGAGGCCAGUGUUGAUCCUUUUUCAAUUGGACCUUCAACCAUUAUUGGUCGAACAAUAGCUUUCAGAAUUUUAUUCUGCAAGUCCAUGUCCCAUUUGAGGUAUCAAAUACUUCAUGUGUUUUUGGAUCUAAUCUAUAGAUUUAAGGACUUUAUGGCACCCAUGGUAGCAUGGUUACACCCCCGAAACCCACAAGGAAUAUUGGCAAUGGUGACAAUAAUCGCAUUUUUAUUGAAACGAUAUACAAAUGUAAAACAGAGGGCUGAAAUGGCUUAUCGGAGGAAUUUUUGGAGAAAUAUGAUGAGAACUGCAUUGACCUAUGAGGAAUGGGCUCAUGCUGCGAAGAUGCUAGAUAAAGAGACCCCAAAACUGAAUGAAUCAGACCUGUAUGAUGAAGAACUUGUGAGAAACAAGGUUCAAGAACUCCGCCAUCGCCGCCAAGAGAGAUCCCUGAGGGAUAUUAUUUUUUGCAUGCGAGCUGAUCUUAUCAGAAAUCUCGGUAAUAUGUGCAAUCCUGAACUUCACAAGGGUAGGCUUCACGUGCCGAAGCUCAUAAAGGAGUACAUAGAUGAGGUCUCAACUCAGUUGAGAAUGGUUUGUGAUUCAGAUUCAGAGGAGCUAUCAUUAGAAGAGAAGCUUGCUUUCAUGCAUGAAACGAGGCAUGCCUUUGGGAGGACAGCUUUGCUUUUGAGUGGGGGUGCUUCCCUUGGAUCUUUUCACGUCGGUGUGGUUAGAACACUGGUUGAGCAUAAGCUUGUGCCCAGAAUAAUUGCUGGCUCUAGUGUAGGAUCUAUUAUGUGUGCUGUGGUUGCCACUAGGUCUUGGCCUGAGCUACAGAGUUUUUUUGAAGAUUCUUUGCACUCCUUGCAGUUUUUUGAUCAGAUAGGUGGGAUUUUUACUGUAGUGAAGAGGGUCAUGACACAAGGGGCUGUUCACGAGAUCAGGCAGUUGCAAAUGAUGUUGAGGCAUCUAACAAGUAACCUUACAUUUCAAGAAGCUUAUGAUAUGACAGGUCGAAUUCUUGGGAUAACGGUUUGCUCCCCAAGGAAGCAUGAGCCACCUAGAUGCCUUAAUUACUUGACUUCACCUCAUGUUGUUGUAUGGAGUGCAGUGACUGCUUCUUGUGCAUUUCCUGGACUCUUCGAGGCUCAGGAGCUGAUGGCAAAGGAUAGAAGUGGAGAGAUCGUUCCUUAUCAUCCACCAUUUAACUUGGAUCCCGAGGAGGGCUCUGGUACUCAUGUGCGACGGUGGAGAGAUGGCAGCCUGGAGAUUGAUUUGCCUAUGAUGCAAUUGAAAGAACUGUUCAAUGUGAAUCAUUUUAUUGUCAGUCAGGCAAAUCCUCAUAUAGCACCAUUGUUGAGGAUGAAAGAAUUUGUGAGAGCUUAUGGAGGCAACUUCGCUGCCAAGCUUGCUCAUCUUGUGGAGAUGGAGGUGAAACAUAGAUGCAACCAGAUAAUGGAACUUGGUUUCCCUUUAGGGGGUAUUGCUCAGUUGUUUGCUCAAGAUUGGGAGGGUGAUGUCACUGUUGUUAUGCCUGCCACACUCGCUCAGUACUCAAAAAUGAUACAAAACAUAUCAUAUGUGGAGCUUCAAAAGGCAGCAAACCAAGGGAGAAGGUGUACUUGGGAGAAGCUCUCGGCCAUAAAAGCAAACUGCGGGAUCGAGCUUGCUCUUGAUGAGUGUGUUGCAAUUCUCAACCACAUGCGUAGACUAAAAAGGAGUGCCGAGAGAGCUGCUGCUUCUUCUCUUGGCCUAGCUAGCACAGCGAAAUUCAGUGCUUCCAGACGAAUUCCUUCUUGGAAUUGCAUUGCGCGAGAGAAUUCCACUGGCUCCCUUGAAGACCUUCAAGAUGUCGCUUCCUCGUACCAUCAAGGAGUUGGUGGAUCCACUGGAGGAGGACCUUCUGGUAAAAAUUUUCGAAACCACCGUAACUUGCAUGAUGGAAGUGACAGUGAGUCUGAAAGUGUUGAUUUAAAUUCUUGGACGAGGUCUGGCGGGCCCUUGAUGAGAACUACUUCAGCUGAAAAGUUUAUUCACUUUGUCCAAAAUUUGGACGUCGAUGCGGAACUAAACAGAGGCUUAAUGGCUAAUCCUAACUCAAUUACUCUUCAAAUAGUAGGCAACAAUCAAUAUUAUCAUAAUCCAAUGGUGACAACACCAGAUAGAAACCCUGAAGUCCCAGACUUUGAUCAGAGGGAUCUUGGCAAUAGAGUUUCCAGUAAUGGUUCCAGUAGUGGUUCCAGCAUAAUGGUGACUGAAGGUGAUCUUUUGCAGCCUGAAAGGACCCAUAAUGGGAUUGUGUUUAAUGUUGUUAAGAAAGAAGAUUUAACAGUGUCAACUAGGAGCCACGAUGCGGAAAGUUACAGCAGUGACAUUCCUGAAUGCAUGCAACUCGAUUGUCUUGAGAAGGAGACUGAUGCUAGCUCUGCAUCUGAAUAUGGCGAUGACAUUGUUGCUACAACAAACAGUCUAAAUGUUCCAGAUUCUACUUCUGGGGAUCACUCUGGCAUAGAUGAUGGCAGCAGUCAACAUGUUGUCGAUGGUUAAUUUUGAGAACCAUUAUGUUUCAAUGAUUUUUCCAUGUUGUUGAAGUUCUCUUGUUGCCAAUGAACUGCAGGACUAUGAGUUCAAGAAGAGAUUAGAAGUAAAGGUUACAUAUACAGCUUAAAGUUUUAAAUAGAAGCAGCCCAAUGUGCUUUGCAAGUAAUUUGGCAAGAAAGUUACUUGAUUCUGGAUUUUCUGCAAACAGCAUGGAUUUGAUUUUGUAAUCGAAUCAUGCAUAUAAACACCAUGUUUUGAUGCUGUCAUUCCUAUUUUAUCAACAAAUGAAAUAGAAGUAAUAUAACCCAGAUGUAGUUUACCAAAU